AUGGUUGCAUCAGUUGAGAACGCGGACACCACUCUGUACUUUUUAACAGAAGAGAUCAUAUUUGGCAAGUCAAAGGAAGUAGGUGUGAAACCGAGGCCGGGGAAACCUAAUCCAAGGCACCCUCAGAGGAGACGAAGUUGGUUCUACCACUUGGCCCUGGCGAUGUCUGAAGUCUCAAGAGGGCGAAAGACGAUGUGGUCGGCAAAUCAUCCCAGAAAUCACCUAUGGCCAUACUUGACAGGCGUGAAGAACAGAAAAGGAUGGUCAUGGAGUGCUCCUAAUCCGAACCUGUACCUUCCCUUGCAACUGCUGCUUAGGGAUUCGUCAUUGGAGGAAGAGGAUACGAUACCUCCAAAGGCAGAGGGUAAUGCCAAUUACCCUGUACUCCAAAGGACACGAGGUAGUGAUAGUUUCUCUGUACCCCCAAGGUCAGAGGGUUGUACCAGUUUCCCUUUACCCCCAAGAAUGCAGGGUAGUGACAUAUACCCUGUACUCCCCAAAACACAGGGUAGUGUCAGUUACCCUAUACCUCUAAGGAUGCAGGGUAGUGCCAGUUAUCCUGUACCACCAAGGAUGCAGGGUACUGAUAGUUACCCUGUACCCCCAAGGACGCAGGACAGUGCCAGUUUCCCUUUACCCCUAAGGAUGCAGGGUGGUUCCAGUUUCCCUGUACCCCCAAGGAUACAGGGCAGUGCCAGUUUCCCUGUACCCCCAAGGAUACAGGGCAGUGCCAGUUUCCCUGUACCCCCAAGGAUACAGGGCAGUGCCAGUUUCCCUGUACCCCCAAGGAUGCAGGGCAGUGCCAGUUUCCCUGUACCCCCUAGGACACAGGGCAAUGCCAAUUUCCAUGUACCCCCAAGAAUGCAGGGCAGUGUCAGUUUCCCUGUACUCCCAAGGACGCAGGAUAGUGCCAGUUUCCCUGUAACCCCAAGGAUACAAGAUAAUGCUUGUUAUCCUGUACCCCCAAGCAUGCAAGAUAGUCUCUCUUUCCCUGCAUCCCCAAGGACACAGGAUAGUGUCAGUUACCCUGUAUCCCCUAGGAUACAGGGUAGCAUCAGUUACCCUAUACCUUCAGGGCCCCAGGGUAGUGUCAGUUAUCCUGCACCACCAAGACCACAAGAUAAUAUCAGCUACCCAGUACCUCCAAGGCCCAUGGAUAGUGCCAGCUACCCUGAACCUUCAAAGCCUCCAGAUGGUGUCAGUUACCCUUUACCACAAAGACCACAAGAUAGUAUCAGUUACACUGUACCUCCAAGGCCUCUGGAUAAUGUUAGUUACCCAGUACCUCCAAGAACAGAGAGUAAUAACAGUUAUCCUGUCAGUUCGCCAUACACAAUGCCUGAAAUGUUAGGUUAUGGUCACUGUUCUGGAUAUCGAUCCAGAGGACGCAAUGUACAUAAUUUGGUACCCAUUAAGAAAGAAGAGCCUAUCCUUAACGAAGAUACAGCAGUUUUCAAGAAUGACUCACAAUACUGUAAACAAACUAGUGAUGUAAAAUCUCCCCUCAUACAGUAUUGUGAGCCAGCUACCGAUGAAAAAUCUAUAAUCAAAACGGAAAACUUUCUCCAAGAAGACAUCUCAGUUAAGAAUGUAAAAAUGGAAACUGCUGAAGAUACCGCUAGCGAUGAUAUGCAUGACUGUAGUUUUUCAGACCAGGCGAAUGGGAGACCCUUCAUUAAGGAGGAGUUUGCUGAUAGAGGGGAAUUUGUACUUGAAGAUUCCUUCUUGAAGACCUCUAUUGGUGAAGCUGUCUGUGUCCAGAAUGUACAGCUCGAAGAAGACCUGAAACCCAAAGAUGAUGUUAGGAGACAAGAGGAGGAAACUAAAGUACAAACAGGUGUGCUUGAUCAGCUAUCAGAUGAAAAUCUUAAUCAGACUAAGCAUACAGGAGGUAAAGAUGGAGCAGUCAUACGACGCGAGUCAAAGAAGUGCAGAAUACAGCGGUUAUUUGGCAAGACUGAUUCUCCCCCUAGGCGUUCAAAAGUAUUUAGGACGAGGACCAAAAUCAUUAAGUGUAAAAGUUGUCGUCUAGGUCGCAAUGAUGUGAAAGACUUACUGAAGCCACGCCCUCUCAACCAAGAGAUAGCAACAUGUUCCUAUGUGAUGUUAGAUGAGCUGGUCGACGAGUGUCCUCUUGGCCAUCUCCUUGAUCCUAGUAUUGCUUCAAUCAAUUUGAAGUCUGGGCUUGUGACUGUUUACUGCUCCAAAUGUGAUGUUACCGUUUAUAUGAAAAAUUCCAUUAUACCAAAAGUAAAAUGAAUCAAUCAUAGGAAUGUGCAUGUUUUUAGAUUUUAUGGGACGUAAGGAUUUGCAUUUACAAGUUCUGCUUGUCUCUAUGUAAUGCCCGUCAUAUACCUUUGUACAAAAAACAAUCUUCAUAGAAAUAUAUGAAAAAAUGUAUAUAUGUAAAUAUUGUGUUGUAUUUAAAACACUUAAUCUUGAUUUUUUUUUUUUUUUACAUUUAAAUUACACAUUAUAUAACUUCAAAAACACAGUGCUACAGAAAGCUUUGGAAGUUUGGUAGAGUUAAUAGCUCAAGGAGCAUAAAGCAAGACCGAAUUACCAAGGUUGUAGUCAUUACGUCCCAUCGAUGAACCGAAACAUGGCUAAACCUUCUUAUGAUCUGCAUGAAACUGUAUCAGCGUAUGGAACAAUUAUGAUGUAGACAAAACAAUUUUAAAGAAAUAAAAAAGAGAAAUUGGGGAGAUAGAAAAUGAACUGUAGAUGACCUUUGUAGUACACAAAAAAAAAAUGCACAGUCGCCAUAGAGAACCGCAACUGCGUAAAAGCAUUGGUAGGCUGACCAGAUCAGGGGGGUUGGUAGGAAAGUGAAUACAGGAGGUAACAAGUAAGCGGGUUAGAGGAUAAAGGAAUGGGGUCAGUAUACGUGAAUAGGUGGAUUGGAUUGUGAGUUGGCAAUUAUUGUAUACAAGGCUUUGUUUAGAAGAUUUUACAAAUCUACUGUAAAUUGUUAAAAUACAUAUUUAUGUGUACGUAUGAUUGAAAUUCACUAUGUAAAACAGUUGACAGGUAAGUAUGCUGAGCAAAACUAGGAUAAUGCUUUUUCCAUGUAUAUCCAUGUACCAUAUUUUGUACCUCAAAACCUAUGGCAUUUUAUCACCUCAUCACCAUGAAUACUGUAUUGAAAUUAUAAUGGUUAUCAACUCUGUCAUCCUGCAGAAAAUGAUGCACAAGCUAAGAAAGAAAAUGCAAAUUUUCCUCUAUUCAUCUACAGAGGGAGACUUGGAAGGAUGAGUGCUGCAACAAUAAAUGUGCAGUUAAUGAUAAAAAAAAAAAAAAAAUCCCAAAGAUAGUAGUAAUAAUGGGGUAGUGGUAGAAGUCAAUAAAGGCUUGAACUUUAAGCAUACCUGUACAAAUAUAUAUAAAAUCUUAUACAGCUGAGAAUCGCCCGCCAGACUAGGGGCACCUUCAGCUCGCAAACAACCAAUAUGCUCAUUCAUAUAGUACAAAGGCAUGUAGAACUGCAGAAAGCUAAGUAACGACAAACUAUAAUCUUCACUAGUUUAUAUGAUAAAGCAGUGUCCAUGAAAAACAAGAUUGUAUGUUGGUGGAUUUUCUGCGUAUGUGUAGGGGUUAAACAGUUGGAGCUUGAGCCAGUUUACAAGACGGUGUAACAUUGCUGCUAGUCAUGCGAAGAUAAUAUAAACCCUAUGGGGAGACAUUGUUGUCAAUUACCUUAUAUUUUGCCCCCAAUCCCUUGCUCGUUGUCGUGGGGGGGGGGGGAGGCUAAGGGGAUGGGGAUCAAGGCUCAAUGUAGGGGAAUACCCCUACCUUGAUCCUCAGCCCUCGCCUCAGCUAAAUAUGCAUGGUCUUUGCUUGUCCUUCCUUUUUCUUUUUUCACCCCCGCUUGUUCUGUCCACUUCUCCAAACUCCCUUGUGCCCUUUUCGCCAUAAUACUUCAUCAAAGUGCUCCCUACUCCCUUAACUCCUUCCCGUUCCAACAACCUUGUACUCUACCCCAUCAGCAACACCCCUCUACCAUUUUUGCUACCCUCUAAUACUGUUCAAUCUGUUCAUUUUAAUUUAAUCAUUAACUCAUUCCUAACCCUUUCGCUGUUAUACUUUACCAUAGUACUAUAUGGCCAUUGAUGUCAUAUAGCACUUCCUUACCUGGGGCUUUGCCCCCAAGGCUCAUGCUAUCGCUAUAUUUUGAAUACCCCCCUAAUGACCUUAGAUGUUAAUGCGGCAGGAAAUG